CUCGCUCCGCACUCGCUCCAGGCGGCCGCGUCCAGCCGGCUCCCUGCGCUCCGGCUCCCGGAGUUCUCCUGCACCCCGCGUCUGCUCGGCCCCGCCGUGCCAGACGCCGCUCCGCCCGACGGCGACAUGGGCGUCCCCUCCAUCCCAGAGGUCGGUGGCCGGUGCUGGGGGCCCCUGAUCCUCGCCUUUUUUCUGGCUGCGUCCAGAGGUCUGGUGGCAGCCUUAAAGAUUGCCACACCAUAUUCUCUGUAUGUGUGUCCUGAGGGGCAGGACGUCACCCUCACCUGCAGGCUCCUGGGCCCCGUGUCCAAGGGACACGACGUGACCUUCUACAAGACGUGGUUCCGCAGUUUGCGGAGUGAAUUGGAAGUGUGCUCUGAGCGCCGGCCCAUCCGCAACCUCACCUUCCAAAACCUUCACCUGCACCAUGGAAGCCACCAGUCCUCCAACACCAGCCAGGAUCUGGCCCAGAGCCACGGCGUGGAGUCCACAGCUGACCACCAUGGCAACUUUUCCAUCACUAUGCAUAACCUGACCCUGUGGGACAGUGGCCUUUACUGCUGCCUGGUGGUGGAGGUCAGACAUCACCACUCGGAGCACCGGGUCCACGGGGCCAUGGAGCUGCAGGUGCAGCGAGGCAAAGACUCACCACCCAAAUGCAUCAUGUAUCCAUCCUCCCCACAGGAGAGUGACAACAUCCUGGCUGCAGCCCUGGCCACAGGCGCCUGCAUCGUGGGAAUCCUCUGCCUCCCGCUCAUUCUGCUGCUGGUCUACAAGCAGAGGCAGGUGGCCUCCCACCGCCGAGCCCAGGAAUUGGUGCGGUUGGACAGCAGCAAUACUCAAGGAAUUGAAAACCCCGGCUUUGAAGCCUGUGCUCCCUUCCAGGGGAUGCCCGAGGUCAAGGCCCGGCACCCCCUGUCCUACGUGGCCCAGCGGCAGCCUUCAGAGUCUGGGCGCCACCUGCUCUCUGAGCCCAGCACCCCUCUCUCUCCUCCAGGUCCUGGAGAUGUGUUCUUUCCAUCCCUGGAACCAGUCCCUGACUCCCCAAAUUCUGAGACCGUCUAGAUCAGCUGGGGAACAGUGGGCAGUGGUGACUGGAUCUGGGACAGGUGCAUAUGAGUCAGGCUGGCCCUUGAAGUGAUCUCCUUGGCCUUCGCCUUGGCUCUGGCUCCCUCCCUCCUGCUUGGAGCCUAGACUUGUCUUACCCCUGAUGCCUAGACCGUCCACCCCUGUGGAUGCUACGUGGGGGGAAGCAAGAAGAUGCUGGAUUGCUUAUCCCUGUCUCAAUGUUGGGAUGCUGGAUUCUCCCUAGAGGCCUAAAAUUCACCAGCUACAGAUGCCAAGUGACCUACAUCCUAAGAAAUCCCAGAAUUUCCAGCUCUACGGUAGCCUCUCUCUCUAGGACAGAGUCUUGGGACCUGGCAGCACAGAUAGGAUGAGCUAGUUUCCCAGUGCCACCUCCCAGGCCUGAAACACAGGACAAAAUGUGGAGACUCCUGCCCACUGUGGUUAGCCUGGUUCCCCUGUUUUGUCUGAGGCUGCUCCUCUGUUGACUUUACUCUGUACCCAUGGGACUCUGGAGCCAUGGGGGCUUUUGCAGUUGCCUUCUACCAGCAAUCUGAGAAUCUGCCAGCAGGUUAAGCAAAUAUGGGGCUGCUAUUGCCUCAUUCUGGUCCCCAGAGUUCAGUGGCCAGAGGCCCCAAAACAGGAAGUGCUUGUUAGGGCCGAGUGGCCACUGUGAGCCAAUUGGUGUCUUAGGCAAUUUGAGGCCAGGCCAGAGGUUGUGCCACCUGGCCAUAGAGGGAGAGGGAAGGUGGGUGGGGCCUUCUGGGAGGGGAGUAGAGGGGUCUCCUUCCUGUCCUUCAGUCCACUACCCCCACUGCCCUGUGGGGGUGAUCACAUAGUGUCUUGUCCACACUGGGACACUUCUGAGUACAAAAAGGGAUACUAUUAAAAACUAUACGGGGUAAUAGGUACAAACCCUGUGCUGGGCCUGGAAGCCCCAGGUUUAAAUCUCUGCUUAAGAUGUACCUGGGGCCAUAGGAAAGCCUCCUCCCAUGGCCUUUGGUCUUCUCGUCCAUACAAUGUGGGCCUAGUCACAUCCUUACCUUAGAGUGACCUGGCAGGUGGGGGUUGGGGUGGACAGGAUUUGUUUUUGCUCUGCUCCUGGACUCUCAGAUGCCACCCGUGGCGGACCAUGACCUGGCUUCAUUUUCAUACAUGUGUAAGGGGUACCUGUUGUGUGACUGCUGAUGAAGGACUUUAAAGCACGGGAGAGGAGGGGCCAGUUGCUAGGGGGGUAGAAACAGGGCAGGUGGUGCCUGAGAGCGAGGAGGGGUAAGACUGUGCAAGUGGCUUCCAGCCCCCAGCAGGACAAGGGCCUGGCACUGGAGGAACAGAGUUCUAACCUGGGCAUCAUCUUCCAGCAGCCUCCGCUGGCGCUGCUGAGCUGGGCCUGGAUGCUGCAAGCCAGGACUGUGGAUCAGACCCAGGGUCCACAGGCAAGGUGAAAGCCAUGAGUGCCUGGGGAUGGGGGUGGAGGGCAAGGGAAGCAGCUCUAGGCUGCACAGCAGCAGGGAACUGUGGGUGGCCAGCCCCAAGGACAUGGGUGCUGUAGGCCUCCUGCUGUGCAUGGGGCUGAGGAGAAAGCACAGAACUUUCCACAGGAGUAGUAUCUGCAGUGGCCAGGACACCCAACCCUGGCUCCUGCUUUGUCCCUUAGGUCCCCUCUUCUACUCCAUCUGCUGCCAUGGAUCCUCAGUGCAGCUGCCACAGAACCUGCUGUUCUCACAGCAAAUCAAGCUCCCCUGAGUAGGACUGGGGAGACAGCAGCUGUUCUGUGGCAGGGCUAUGCUGCCCCUAGGGUCGAAGGACAAACCCACAGACCAGACUCCGGAAGUGUGGCUUAUACCCUGGGGAUGCUGGCCUGGGCUUAGCCCUCAGCUUUGGACUUUGAUGUAGAGACAACUUCUAAGAAUUUGGCUGUCAGACCCCUGGCCUGGCUGCUUCUGUGUGAGGGGAGGAGGCCCCAGCAGAACAGCUACCCACUUCCUGCCCAGCUUCCUCCUGCAUGGCUCGGUUCUCCUCUUCUCUGGACCCUGCAAGUGAACAUGGCUCAGCUUCGUGGUUUCCUGUUUUCAGUAAAAUUUAUUGUGAGUUCCAGGCUCCAUCUUUAUCCAUGGACCCUGCCUGCAGUGGCCUACGGAUGCCUCCCUGCUGUAACCAGGGAGGAGCAGGAAUACAGUGGGGUACCUCUGAGAUACCAGUCCUGGUGGCUGUGGGCUAGAGGGUCUGGGACAUAGCAGGGGCUGCUCAACAUACCAGAGGAUUACUGGUGGUUGCUGUUGGUCAGGCAGGUCUGUACUAGAGGAAUCUGUAGCCACCAACUCUGGGGUAGCCACCAACUCUGGGGUGGGCAUGAAGGACUGCUGGGAUUUGCUUUUCUAGAGACCAGUCCUGAGGCUGCCUCCUCUCCUGCCUGGCCAGGGCUUCCCCUGUAUCUUGACAUCUGGGCCCUGGCAGAGGGCAAAUCCAUGGCCUUCUUCAGGGGGUACUCUGGGGAGGGAAGACUCCAUAGAAGGCUGCCUAUCUGGGGGCUGCAGAGGGCUUGUCACCCCCAUCAACCUGGGCACUAGAGCCCUGCCUCUGGGAAGAGGGCUUCCAGGUGUCACUCCAGGGAAGGCUUGGCUGUGCUGGGGGCUGGGCUAAGAUUUGCUCAAGGAACUGCAAUAAGUGAAAGAGGAACCAGGGUUGUCAACCAGGAUGGUGGCUGCAAAGCUCUCUUGAAAGACCCAGCCCAGCUGAGUGCCUGUCCCAACCCAUAGAGAGUGCUGGCAGUCUGGCCCAUCUGCUGAGCAGCCCCUGCUUUGCAUUGUCACUUCUCUUCUGGAACCCCAUGAGUGCUGUGUCUCCCUAACUACUCUGUGAGUUCCAGGAGGGUGGGGCCCAGUAACAGUCUGGCCUUGGGCCUGGUUGCAGAUACACAGAGCCACUAGGCGAUGGGCCUGCAACCAGACCCAUGGCUGUGUGAGGUCUCUUCAAUGGCAGUAAAGCCCUGUCUUUGUGCAGACAUUUCACCUUGUUUUACAGUUCUGAUCUAUUGGUAUGGCUUUCUGGAAUAGAUGGGGAGUGGGAUUCUGAUGUAUUAAUAUAGCUUAGUGAGAAAGUACUGAGAUUGGCUAGCAAUGCCUGCCUUGGGCAGAGGAAGAGAACGUGGUAGUAUGUGUACCUUCUUACCUGUUGUUAAAAUACUCUAUGACUUCCAAAAUUC